GCACUGCGGACCAAGACCAUCACGAUCGGCCGGUUUACAUAAUAAAGGAAAAGUGCGUGAAAUAUUCGAAAAACCGACGAAAGUGCGUAAUUUUUGGUGUUCAAGUUUCUUUUUGUAUCUAUUAAGUGUAGUUUCGUAUAGUAGUUGUUCGUGUCGUAACAGUAUUUAUUUUAUAUUUCGUGUUAAUACGGUGAAUAAUUUUGUGUAUACAUAAAUUAAUUUAAGUGGAUAGUGUAACAUAAAACUAUGUCUCAAUCAAUGAAAAAAAGGUUUCCUUCUUUAACCAGUAUUCAAGACUCAAUGGAGUCUGACGGAAAUACGUCUUUUUUACGCGCAGCGCGCAACGGCCAACUUGACAAGGUUUUAGAGCACCUGAAAUCGAAUAUCGACAUCAACACCAGUAAUGCGAAUGGCCUGAACGCUCUCCACUUGGCCUCAAAAGACGGUCAUGUAGAAAUAGUCGAGGAGCUACUCAAACGGGGGGCUGUCGUGGACGCCGCCACUAAAAAAGGAAAUACAGCGCUCCACAUAGCCUCUCUAGCGGGUCAAGAGGAUGUUGUCAAACUACUAGUCAAUCAUGGUGGUUCAGUCAAUGUACAAAGUCAAAAUGGCUUCACGCCGCUUUAUAUGGCCGCUCAGGAGAACCACGACAAUGUCGUCAAGUAUCUUCUUGCCAAUGGAGCCAACCAAAGUCUUUCAACUGAGGAUGGUUUUACACCGCUUGCUGUUGCUAUGCAACAAGGCCACGAUAAAGUAGUAACAGUUCUUCUAGAAAAUGAUACUCGAGGCAAAGUUAGAUUACCAGCUUUGCACAUAGCAGCAAAAAAAGAUGAUGUUAAAGCUGCAAAGCUUUUAUUAGAAAAUGAGCAUAAUCCUGAUGUGACAUCAAAAUCAGGCUUCACCCCUCUCCAUAUAGCCUCGCAUUAUGGUAAUCAGCAAAUAGCAAAUCUUUUAAUUCAAAAAGGUGCAGACGUUAACUAUUCUGCUAAACACAAUAUUACGCCGUUACAUGUGGCGGCCAAAUGGGGAAAAACCAACAUGGUUUCGACCCUAAUAGAAAAUGGAGCUACAAUAGAAUCAAAAACCAGGGAUGGUCUAACUCCACUACAUUGUGCAGCAAGAAGUGGACAUGAGCAAGUUGUUGAUAUGCUGUUGGAGAGAGGAGCGCCGAUAAGUUCAAAAACAAAGAAUGGUUUAGCGCCACUUCACAUGGCCGCUCAAGGAGAUCAUGUCGAUGCAGCGAGAAUUCUGCUCUAUCAUAGAGCUCCAGUGGACGAAGUGACAGUCGAUUACCUAACUGCCCUUCAUGUUGCCGCUCACUGCGGCCACGUAAGAGUAGCAAAGUUGCUUUUGGAUAGACAGGCAGACGCGAACGCUCGAGCUCUUAAUGGGUUUACGCCACUUCAUAUAGCCUGUAAAAAGAACCGGAUAAAAGUUGUGGAGCUGCUACUUAAGCACGGAGCCAGCAUUGGAGCCACAACGGAAAGCGGUUUGACCCCAUUGCAUGUAGCGAGUUUUAUGGGUUGUAUGAAUAUUGUAAUAUACUUGUUACAACACGAUGCUAGUCCAGAUGUACCAACUGUUAGAGGAGAAACUCCAUUACAUCUUGCUGCAAGAGCCAACCAGACUGAUAUAAUCAGGAUUCUACUUCGAAACGGUGCUCAGGUGGAUGCAAGAGCUCGUGAACAACAAACUCCCCUGCAUAUUGCUUCUAGAUUAGGAAAUGUCGAUAUUGUAAUGCUUUUAUUGCAACACGGAGCUAAAGUUGAUACUACGACCAAAGAUAUGUACUCUGCAUUGCAUAUUGCCGCCAAAGAAGGUCAAGAUGAAGUUGUCGCUGUAUUAAUAGACAACGGGGCUUUGCUUAAUGCUACCACAAAAAAAGGAUUUACACCCUUACAUCUAGCCGCUAAAUAUGGCCACCUUAAGGUCGCUAAACUUCUACUUCAAAAGGAAGCACCUGUUGACGCCCAGGGUAAAAACGGUGUCACACCUUUACAUGUUGCUUCUCAUUAUGAUCAUCAAAAUGUUGCUUUACUGCUUUUGGAUAAAGGCGCUUCACCGCAUGCAGCUGCCAAAAACGGACAUACUCCGUUACAUAUUGCUGCUAAGAAAAAUCAAAUGGAUAUCGCCAAUACCCUUUUGGAAUAUGGAGCGCAUCCCAAUGCGGAAAGUAAGGCUGGAUUUACUCCUUUACAUCUUAGCGCUCAAGAAGGACACACAGAUAUGACUUCAUUGCUUUUGGAACAUAAAGCAGAUGCAGAUCACCAAGCCAGGAAUGGUUUGACUUCUCUUCAUCUAUGCGCACAAGAAGACAAAGUACCAGCUGCAGAAAUUUUAGUGAAAAAUGGCGCAGAAGUUGAUACAGCAACUAAGGCCGGGUACACACCAUUACAUAUCGCUUGCCAUUACGGGCAGACGAACAUGGUGAAAUUCCUAUUGGCCAAUGGUGCCAACGUUCAAACAACAACGGCUCUAGGCUACACGCCUCUACAUCAAGCGGCUCAACAAGGGCAUACGAACAUUGUCAAUAUUAUGUUGGAGAACAAAGCCGACCCAAAUGUGAUUACCCACAAUGGACAAACUCCUUUAAACAUUGCCGACAAGUUAGGAUACAUAACAGUGAUCGAUACAUUAAAAGUUGUCACUACAGUCACCACAUCACCAAAUGCAACUCCAAAUGGAGAUGAAAAGUACCGCGUAGUAGCGCCAGAAGCAAUGCAUGAAACCUUUAUGUCCGACUCCGAGGAGGAGGGAGGUGAGGAUACCUUGUUAGGUGACCAGACUUACCGGUACCUCACAGCGGAUGAAAUGAAAUCGCUGGGCGACGAUUCCUUGCCCAUCGACGUGACAAGGGACGAAAGGAUCGAUUCCAACAGGAUGGUGGCCAGCGGUGACAGUAACAUGUUGCCCCCGCAAAAUAUCGAGGAUAACAUCAGUCCUGACCACAUCACGCAUAAUUAUGUGGAGUACAUUAAAAAAUACCAGCCCGAUAAUGUGGAUAUUGCCAGACAUCCCAUCAAUAUAGGCUUCUUGGUGUCAUUCCUGGUCGACGCCCGCGGUGGUGCAAUGCGAGGUUGCCGUCAUUCGGGUGUGCGCGUCAUAGUACCGCCAAGAUGUGCAGCAAGCCCGACACGUAUCACAUGUCGAUACGUGCGACCUCAAAGGACACCCCAUCCGCCACCAUUAAUGGAGGGAGAGGCAAUGGCAAGCCGGGUUCUGGAACUUGGGCCCGUGGGAGCCAAAUUUUUGGGACCUGUGAUAAUUGAAGUACCACAUUUCGCUGCUCUAAGAGGAAAAGAACGAGAAAUUGUAAUUUUACGUUCAGAUAAUGGCGAGUCAUGGAAAGAACAUACUGUUGAAGCUACCGAAGAAGUGCUCAACGAAGUUUUGCAUGAGAGUUUUGAAGCCGAAGAUCUAAGUCAAAUGGAGGAUAUGUCCUCUGGACGCAUAACACGAAUACUCACCCAGGAUUUUCCGCAGUAUUUCGCUGUGGUGUCCAGAGUUCGGCAGGAAGUUCACGCGAUCGGACCGGAAGGUGGCAUGGUUUCUAGCACGGUAGUUCCGCAGGUCCAAGCUGUGUUCCCUGAAGGAGCGCUUACCAAGAAGAUCAAAGUAGGGCUUCAGGCCCAACCGAUUGAUCCAGAGUUGACAGCCAAACUCCUUGGUCACGGAGUAGCAGUAUCCCCUGUCGUGACGGUAGAACCGAGACGACGAAAGUUCCACAAGGCAAUUACGUUAAGCAUGCCUGCUCCAAGAGCUCAUUCGCAAGGAAUGAUCAACCAGUAUUCGGGAUCGGCUCCAACACUACGACUUUUAUGUUCCAUAACGGUAACUGUGAUUGUGUGA